GACUCUCCCACGCUGCAGUCGGUGGCUCUGGCCGGAAUCAGACCCGGAAUCGGAAUCGCAAUCGCUAUCGGAAUCGCAAUCCGAAUCGGAAUCGGAAUCUUGCCCGGAUUGCCAAGCGGACUGGGAGUGAGAGCGUGUAUUUUUAGUGCUUGCGUGCGAAAUUUUGUUGGUGUCAAAGUUAAACAAUUUACGUGAGAUAUACACACGCAAAGUGCAAGGACAGGCCAAGAAGAAGCAGCAGUAGGAAAAGGAUAAUUGCAACAGCAACAUACGAAGCAAACGAAGCAACUGCAACAGCAACAUUUGCUGCCUGUGCAGCUACCACAGCCGUCGCCGCCGCCAAGUUCAAAAUCAACGCCUGACAAUGACAAAGGCAGCAGCAGCAACAGCAACAGCAGCAACAGCAAUAACAGCAGCAACACCUAUCAAAACAGCAGCAGCAGAAGCAGUUGCAACUGCAACUGCAACCAAAGCAAUAACAAUCAAUGGGCAGCAAACGACAUGGCGACGUCAACGAGGCUGCACAGCAGCAACAACAGCGGCAACACGAAACAUGCAGCAGCAACAACAGCAACCACAGCAACAAUUGCAACGCUUGAAGGCGGCCGGCCGACUGGGGGCGUGGCUGCCACCAAUGACGUCGCUGUGGCGGCUGCCAACUGACUAUCUCGCCCAGCUGAUUUUGGCCCUUUGCCUGCUGGGCUGCCUCAGCCCCUUUACAGCUGCACUCGAGGAGGACUGCGUUGACUUUCAGGGCAACAAGGUGAACCACGGAAUGCUCUAUGUGCCGGGACCAGGAGUCUGCAGCCUCUGCGUCUGCUAUCACUCGGAGCCACUCUGGUGCAAGGCCAUCUACUGCGAUCCGCCCUACUUUUGCAAAAACUUCCGAGUUGGCGAGCGUUGCUGUGAGUUCGAGUGCUUGGAUCCGCCCGGCGAGGACAAACUGUACCAGGAGCGCAUGCGAAAGAGGGCCGAGAUAUUGGCCGGCAACAGUACAGCCUCGAAUGUGCAACUCGCGCCGAUUGCCAUGUCCACCAUAAUGCUGGGUUUCCUGGGCAACAGCUUGCUGAACUUAUAACUUGAAGUCAAAUAGCAAAAUGGCAACGAUGGAGCAGAUCAACGCAAGGCGAAGCUAAAUCACAACAUUCACAUUUUUGUUGCUCCUAAAAGCGUAGGACACACUCACUACCCCACAAAUUAUUACAGUGUAAUAGUAAUAGGCGAAAUGCAAAUGAAAUCAGGCCACGUAUCUGUGGCCAGCAAUUGAGUGGAUGCAAAGAUGCAAAGAUCCAAAGAUGCAAAGAUACAAAGAUACAAAGAUGCAAAGAUACAAAGAUGCGUAGGUUUUCACUUAUAUCCCCAGACUUCAAAUAGGUACAAUAAUACAAUUUCAAAUGGACAUAUGGAACAGGAAACAGCUAGGGCAUGGAAAGUCGCCCCAAUUGCAGAACAUAUUCGAGUACUUUCAAUGUGAUCCGUAUCCGAAUCCGAAUCCAAAUCGAAUCGGUAUAUAGCCAGCAGAUAUAUAGCAUAUACACUUAUGUACAUCUACCUAAGUUUAGAUGCGUAAGCAAGCAACACCAAGAACAACCAAAACAAACUCAUCAAGCGAACGUAUAAGACAGUCUCUAGCUCCUAAGACUCUAUAGUAAAAAAGAAAUAUAUAAUAUAAUAUAUAUAUACACAGCUAUAUGUAAGCGUAUUGUACAUACGAGUAUAUAGCUCAGUGUAUCGGAUCAAAAAUUGUUGAUUAGUGUUUAGCUAACUGAAUGAGGGCAACUUCUUCUAGGAAGAUAGGUUUUUUUUAAUCCAAUAAAAAAUGUUCACCUAUACACACACACCACAGUUCACCACAUUAGCAACUGCAACUAGUACAUUUUUUUUUAUGGAGCUGUCAGCUGUUAGUUUCGAACUAGAAAUUAAUUGAAAACUAUAUAAUAGUCGGGAAGAAAUCGUGGGAAACGAUCGUUACAUUGGCAUUGGAUUUAAAUGCGAAAACUUGACAGCUCUGGUUACUUUCUAACCACCAAAGAAAAAACACGUUAAAUAUUUCUAUGAAUGGCGGGUAAGGGCGAUCGUAGUGAAGGGUAGUAAAUUACACAUAUCUUGGCAACAUUUUUUCCAAAAUAUUCUAACACGAAUGAAUCAUUAACUCUCUUGCAUUGGUGCUAAUUUUAUCGUAGGCUAAAGAAAAUCAAAUUUAAAUCACACACUCCUCAAUUCGCACAUCACACUCCUCCCAAUCAUGUUGAAUCCAAUUCUCUUUAACAAUUAGGUAAUGUAAUCGAAAGCAAAAAAAAAUAAAUAACAAAAAAAGUGUAGUUAACCAAUUAAACGUAAUGAAUCUAUGUUUUGUGUAAGAAAUUUGAAUUUGCCCAAGGUAAAUCGAUUAACGAUAUAAUAAAAUAAUACUAACUAACUAACUAACUAACUAAUAAAAACCAACUUCUAUGUUAGCUCGCUGGAUAGGUUUUCCCAAUCAUUUUCCCAUUUAAAUCAAUAAAUCAAUAACAACAAACAAAAACUAAAUUGGGCAAAGCUUAGUAGACAUGUAGGAAAUCCCUUCAAGAGUUAUAGAUCUUGUUUCAACUUUAGGCUAAUCUAAUGACUCUGCAGCCAUCUCCGUCUCUUUCUACUAUAAAAUUAAUUAAAUAAAUUAAACCUAUGAAUGUAGCAAAUAACAAACUAGAUAUAUAGCUGGACCAGCAGGAAAAACGUGAAAUUCAAGUGCAGUCGAUGAAAAUCACAAUCCAAAAGGAAGUUGGUCAACAUUUUCGUUUUUCACUUGACAGCACAUCAAAGCAAAUUACAUUUAACAAUAAACUAAUAAUAAAUAUAUUAAAAUGCGGGAUAUCCGAGCAAAAACGUGGAGUACGGCUGUGAAAUUAUGUUUGCUUUAAAAUGCAUAAACGCAACUGUAAAUAUUAUAAUGAUCACUAAAGUAUAUAAAACAAAAGUAUAUAAAAAAACAAAAAAAGGAAAAAAUUUAAAUCAAGAAGAUAAGAAAAGUGAAGAAAAGUGAAAUGAAGCUCAGCGAGACAAGAAAAAUUAGACGAAGGAUAACUAAUUAACUGAAUGUACAAUUCAAAAUGCCACAACAUCUGACCAAUUAUGAUCCAUAACAGAUAAUAUAUAUAUAUAUACAAACAGAUAUGUAUACAUACAUCAAUCCAAGUAUCUGAUAAGAUAAAUGACAAAUUUUAAUUAAGCCAGUGUUCGGAAGAGAAAACGAUGAUGACAAUGAGUAUGCAUAAUGAGAAUGAGAUUCAGAAUGAGAAUGAGAAUGAGAAUGAGAUUGAAAUUGAGAUUCAAAUUAAGAUUGAGAAUGGCAGAUUCGAAGCGCGCUUAAACAACUUUUAACAUAGACUCAACUAACAAAUGCAAAUUGGCUUUAAUUAACAACUAAUAACAAAGAAAUCACACCACGACUAAUAACUAUAACCUAAAGCUAUUGAUAUUGAAAAAACGUAUUUGAGUUGUUUUCGAACGAUUUUAGUUCUAGAUAGCAGUGUUGUGAAACAACCGAAAAAACAACUUUUUCCUAAGCUUAAGCGCUUUGCCGUCUGCAGAAAUCCUUGUAAGAUCCUUGAAAAAAAAAUGUUUUUUUAUAACUAGAGGCAGGAUAUAGAGCUCCUAGGAUUCCGAUAUCUGGAAUGAUACAACAAAUACAAAUACCUUCAGUUUAAGACAAAACUAUAUUAGAACGUUUCAACACUGGCAAUGUGCAAGAGAGAGAGAGAAACACACAGCGAAAAAGAUAGAGAUAGCAUAACUAAUUUAUGCUUUUGGGCUAUAUAUCCUGCCUUCCAGACUGGAAAUUAUUCAUCUUUAUUACCGAUAUUAAUUACUGUAGAGCAGGAAAUAUUUUACAAUUCUUAAACCUUACCAAAAACCAAAACCAAAUCCAAAAAAAAAGGCUAACAAAACUAUUAAACUUGACAAUUUCUAAUGUUAUCGAAAUCAAAGUUAUAACAAGAAUGUAACAAGAAAUGAGAAAACUUUAACAAAAUACGACAACUUAUUGAUAAAAUGUUAAACGAUAAUUUCGCAGAAGAGGCAAAUCGAAAAUUCAAAAUCAUGUACGCAUACCUUAAUAUAAUAAUAAUAAUAUUAAUUCUAAUACCAGAAAAAUUUUAACAAAAAUAUACAAAUAUUUUCACAAUAGCUUAAAAUAA